AUGGCAUCCUCUGCUCUCAACUUCGUCACCAUCAACCCAAAGCUCCAGCAAUCCCCGAAACCCACUCCACCCUCCCACAGAUUCACCACCGCCAGAAGAUUCCUCUCCUCCCUCCGCCCAAUCAAAGCCUCCAUAUUCGAAAAAUCCCCACUCUCCUCCAUCCCAGGUUUGACCAAACCGUCCCCUAAAUCCAAUCUCCAAUCCGAUAGAUUCCGGGCGACUAUGGCCUCCCUGGAGUCGGACCCAUCCAAGACCGCCUCGAUUACUUCUACAACCAAGGCCGCAACGAGUUCUUCAAAUCCCGAAUGUAGAAGUACCAGUCAACGGUCUACCGAGUCAACAUGCCCCCGGGCCCUUUCAUCGCCACCAACCCUCGCGUCAUCGUCCUGCUCGACGGGAAAAAGCUUCCCCGUCCUCUUCGAUUUGUCCAAAGUCGAGAAGAAGGAUCUCUUCACUGGAACCUACAUGCCCUCCACGGAUCUCACCGGAGGGUACCGAAUAUUGUCCUACCUUUGGGAGGGCCAAGCAAAACGCAACGCAGGGGAAGGGGGGAUUUCGGUAUCGGUAUUACCGACUUACCGUCGGUAUUUACCGAUACCGUGUUCGAUAAACCGAGUCGCCCAAAUUCCCGCUCGGCUGCCGAUACCGUCGGUAAACGGAUACCGUCGGUAA